AUGUCUACCGUCACCAUAGGCCAAUCCUAUUUCGAAGCGCUUCUGCGAAGAGCCAAGUUUUAUACAUCCGAACAUGAUCUUGCAGUCGGGGCUGAUCUCUCCAACAAUGUCACCAUCUCAAAAGACGAGCACAUGUAUCUGUUGCGCGCAGUUCGAGAAUACCAUCUUCUCAAAAGUGCUCUCUUUCGUGGCGGUCUGACUAUGGAGACUUUGGAAACUUUACUAGCAGGCGAGGGCGCCGAUACCGAUGACAAGUCACCCCCUUACGAGUACGCAUCUGGGAAGACACUGUCCAAGCCAACCCAUAGUCUCACAUCGCCGACCAUGUCAUACAACGAUGGCAACUCACCAUCCACGAGCGCUGCCUCUAGGAUCAACAGAGGGCAUCUCCUAAUGAAUCAAGGAGCCACCAGCUAUGACGAGCGAGUAUCUUCCACUGAGAGCCCUGACAGAGGGAGCUCUGGGGGGUCCGGUGCUCCUCCUCGUCAUGUACCUGUUCAUGAUCAGCGCACCGUUCUUAUCACAGACCUCCCAGAGCGCACUACCCACAAGGAUCUUGCAGACAUCGUUCGUGGCGGACGGCUAUUGGAUAUAUUCCUUCGCAACGAUAGGUCUGCUACUAUCUCAUUCGUCGAAGGCGCUGCAGAGUUUUUGGCUUACGCUAAGCGUACUGACAUCUACCUGCAUACGAAGAGGCUCAAGUUUCGGUGGAGUGAUCGACAAUUCCACGUACCAUCACACGUGGCAAACAAGAUAGCAAACAGCGGCGCGACCCGAAAUCUGGUGGUUCGUGGUGUCGCAACCAAGCUCACGGCAGAUCAGAUCCGAGACCAUUUAGACCACAUACACAACUUGGUGGUGGUCGACAUCUACUUCAAGAACGGAGACGCAUACAUCUCCACUAACUCUGUUCACAACGCUCUCUUUGCCAGGACUUGUAUGAUGUCACGUACCGUGUACAAAGGCCUCCGCAUCGAGUAUUAUCCUGACGAAUGCGCUCAACCUCUCCCGCGGCUCGAUACGAGAGUCCGGCCCCCAAUUCGACACGAAACGACGAAGGCUAUUCCGAUUGUAAACCAAUAUGCUCUCCUUGGGACAGAAUCCGACGAAGAAUCGGAGACCGAUUCUACAACGUACCCUUGCAGCGGCAUUCGCGUCGACAGUGAUCACUGGAGCAGCAUGUUGGGCUCGGUGCUCUCCAUUUGCGAGGCCCCUCCAGUAUUCAUCGGAGCGGUAGCGCCAUCUCAGUGGAACCAAGAUUACCAUAGUGCUCGCCAGCAUGCCGAGUUUCGCAGGGAUGUGUCGCUUUCGAGGCCCGAUAUCCUCCUCUUGUGUAUCCACUUUCAGCCCGGGCCUAGCCUGAGCCAGAUCGAAAGGACGGAAACCAUGGCCCCGAUAGUGAAAGUGGCAGUGAUCCAGCUCUACCCCAAACCCCUGUCCCCCUCGCACAACUUUAAAAAAGCCGCGUCCUUCAUUCGCGCCGCCGCCUCCCAGGGUGCUGAACUCGCUGUCCUCCCGGAAUACCACCUUACUAGUUGGCAUCCGCAACAUGAAGAUUUCCUAGCCCUCUGCGACGACUGGGAGACGUAUCUCCACCAGUAUCAGGAUCUAGCGCGGGAGUGUGGGAUUUGUAUUGUGCCGGGGACAAUUGUGGAGAGGCAUCGGGGCGGAGAGGGGGAAGAAGGGGAAGAAGAGGACAAAGAGGACAAAGAGGGAGAAGGAUGGGAAUUGAGGAAUGUGGCGUAUUUCAUCGAUGACGAGGGCGUGGUUAGGGGCAAGUAUGUGAAGAAGAACCUAUGGGGCCCGGAACGCGAGCACCUCACCGGCUCGGGCCGUGAGAACCACGAAGUGUUUGACACGCCGAUUGGAAAGAUCGGCAUGCUGAUAUGUUGGGACCUCGCGUUCCCAGAGGCCUUUAGAGAGUUGAUUGCUCAAGGGGCCAAGAUCAUUAUCAUCCCUACGUUUUGGAAACUCGAUGAUUGCAAUGAAGCAGGCCUGAAGCAAAAUCCAACAGCUGAGGCCUUGUUCUUGGAUAGCAUGUUGACUGCAAGAGCAUUUGAGAAUACCUGCGGUAUGUGUGCCUUUUUUUGUAUGUACUUCCCUGGUACACUUGCUGUAAUGGUAUGGGGUAACACAGUAUGGCUCAAGGAAAAGCUGACUCGUAUACGAUCAUCACCAGCAAUUGUGUUUGCCAACGCCGGCGGACCAGCAGGACAGAGUUAUGCGGGGCUGUCACAAGUCACGGUCCCGUUUGUCGGGCCGUUGGCGAAAUUGGGAGGUUGUGCGGAGGGCAUGAGUGUGGUGGAUAUUGAUAUGCAAAUCUUGGAGGACGCGGAGAAUAACUACAAGGUUCGGAGUGAUAUUGCAAGUGAGGGUUGGCACUAUGACUAUAGGCAUUCGCGGAUGAAACUCUAA